UAUCAAAUGUUUGCACUACUGCUGCCUCUGCAGCUGCUGCUCCCGCAGAGCUUUUAUUGAUUAAGUUUCCGAAAAAAAAAACAUACGACUACCGCUUGCCUCUGGGAACCAUGUCUCUGCCAUUUUCCGGCUCGAAAACAAGGUCGUCGGGUUUAGUGAGUGCAGUAAAAAAACAAACGCAAUUAUUGAACUUAAAGCCCGUCAAAAGAGUGUUGGUCAAGUUUGAUCCUUUUAGUCAAAAUGCCGUCACAGCAAGAAAUUUCAUGUAUUACAUGCUAUCGCCUAAAGUGAUCGACACAAAUCCUCUCUGUCUUGUAAAAAACGAAGUUGUCAAUGAUAGAAGUGAACCAACUAUUGAUAUUUCAUUAGUGAAUGGUGAAUCUGUUUUAUUUAAAUGUGAGAAUCUGAAUAUAUUGGAAAUAUUUCAACAGUUUAACAAACAUAUUACUCCAUUAGCACCCAAAGAAGAAAUAAUUGAAGUUUCUGCUAAGAAGACUGAGAAUAAAAAGGGAAAACGGUAAAAUAAAAUGGCCAAAAAAGAACAUUAUACUACAACAAUUAUCAAUGGAUUCUACAAUCAACUACCUGCUUUUACAGAUGUUUUUGAUGAAGAAUCAU